GAAGAAAAACUCCCAUCCAAUGGAGUGGGGUAUGCGGCCCAUCAGGUCGACGGACAAAUGUCGACAUCGAAACGCAAGUCAUCGGGUGACGGGACGGUGGCCUGUAACAAGGCCCAGUCUACAGUAGACGAGACGUUUGCGCACAAGAAAAGGAGACGGGCACUGAAACAGAUGCAAGAGGUGGCCGCAGACAAGGACAACAAUAAAGGCACGUCCGAACAACAGCAACAACAGCAAGACAACAACAACGGAGGAAGCGGCGGGGCGGCCGCGCAAAAGACAAUGGUGCUACCGAAGAAACGGCCGUUGGCCGGUCAGCCGACAACCGGGGCGGCCACAGCAGCUGGACAACAGACAGCUGCGGCCACGCCGAAAAAACAGGCAAAGGCCAGUGGCGACGAGGCGGUGGACGACGAGACGCUGAUACGCGAGACGGAAGCAGCUCUGAAGAGCCUGUCCGGCGGGUGGCCGGGCGCACGCCACUCGUUCUACCGGACAGGACACGACGAUGACCGGUACGAGUCGCCGGCGUUCGUCAACCUGUUCGACGAGAAGAAGAUUGGAAGCGCCAGCGGCGCACACCCACCGCCACCACCGCCACCGAUGGCUAUCAGAGUGGACGAGAACAAAAACAACACGGGUGACGCGAAAAUGGCACAGCAGCAACAACAACCGCCGCAACAACAACGCCGCGACCUCGACCAUAUUAUGCUCAACAAAAUUGACCAGAACAACAAAGAGUGCGAACACAACAAGAAACCAGACAAAUACGCGCCGUCCAAGUACGAGCCGGACUUUAACGAGCUGGUUGACGACUCGUCGGAUGAGCUUGAGAUUGACAUGUCGGCUGACGGCGGUGGCGGCGGAAGCGGCUGCAGUGGCGGCGAUGACAAGGGAGACGGCGACGGCGGUGGCGACGACGAAGACGACAACGACGAUGACGAUGAUGAUGAGAGCGGUGGCUGCGGCCGUGGCCGUAGCAGAAGUCACAACGGCGGCGGCGACCGGCUUCGGCGCAAAAUGGACGUGGACCGCCGGAACAACAACAGCCACGUGCGGCCCGACGAGAUGAUGACUUCCAUGAAGUCCGAGUCCGAGUCGUCGUCGUACGACGCUUACCUGAUGGACAAGACAGCGUUCUCGGCGUUCCGGCCCGUGGCAAGCGGUGGCGUCGGCGAGCCCAAAGACCCAACCCGCCUGGACCUGCCCACAGCGGUCGGCGCGGCCAUGUCUCCUCUGGGACCGUACCCGCCAGCCGGUGCCACUUUCGUGGUCGGUUAUACCGGACCAGGCGGUGGACUCGUCUCGAACGGCGUCGGCGUUUCCGUGGUUGGCGGGGGUGGUCACGGUUCGACGGUCAAACACCUGUUGGCCGGCGGAAACGCAGUGGUUGGCGGGGGCGUCGGCCCGGUGACACCGGUCAAGCCGGUUUGCGUGAAACUGGAGGAUGACGGAUGCAGUGGUGGCUCGGGCGACUGCAAGGCGGACGGGGCCGUAAUCAAGAUGGACUCGCCCAGCCCACUGUCCAAGCAGUACACCAUACUGCAGCCAGCCGGCGCCGAUUCCAGAGCGGCCACGGCACUCCAGGACGUGGCCAGGGAAGGCGUGCUAGGUGCUUCCGUGGUGAGCGCGGCCGGAGGUGGUGGUCUGUCACCGAGGAUGACGUCUGUCGGCGGCGGCACUGCCAAACUCCUCCUGGAUCCCGUAGACGGUGGACUGAUGCUACCUGGAUGCAUGAACAACAAAGACGGGAACAAAUGUCCAACGCCGGGAUGCACCGGUCAAGGGCACAUCACUGGACUGUACUCGCACCACAGAAGCAUGUCCGGAUGUCCCCGCAAGGACAAAGUGACGCCAGAAAUGUGCAACAACGGAGGACUCGAUCAACAGCAGUACAAGCACAUGGGCAACAUCAAUAAGGACGCGUACCAGCAGAUGGGUGGUCACUACGGCGACCACUGCGGCGGUGGUCCGACUGGCCGGUCACCGGAAUAUAUGACGGCGGCAGCGGCGUACUACGGCCCAUCGGCGGUGGGCGCCAAGCUGACGGUUAAACCAUCCAAGAUGUUGCAACACAAGGACAUGGACAUGGACACCGGCGGGCCGGAAAUGGACGACGAAAAGCCGGACGCAAAACAGCUACGCCUCAAGUCCGAAAUGGGAUGCUGCGGUGAUGGGACCGCGCCGGGAACGCAAGACGAUGCCAUGACCAUCAAGUCGGAAAUGCACUCGGCUGGUUCAUGUCGCUCAGUGACACCCCCGUGCAGCAGACGCACCCCGAUGACCAUGUCGUCGUACGACCAUUGUCACGAUUCCAACUCAUCGUCCAUGUCUGGUAGCAUGGACGCCAUGAACCACCAUCAACAGCAACAACAACAACAACAACAGCAACAGCAGCAGCAGCAACAGCAACAACAACAACAACAGCAGCAGCAGCAACAACAGCAGCAGCAACAACAACAGCAACAGCAACAGCAGCAACAACAGCAGCAACAACAACAACAACAAAUCCAACAACACGGCAACGGUGGCAUGUCGGGUCAACAACAACAACAACAACACGGUUCGUCCGGAUCGUACAUGAUGAUGGACAACAACACCAGACUACAGCAUAGACCGUACGAACCACAACAGAUAAACGGCGGCAGUGGCGGCCAACAGCAAGACAUGUACAACAGGUCGGUGGCCGCGGCCGCCGACCGCAACUACGCGCUAACCAACAUCAACAGGCCGUCGCCGUCGUAUUCCACCGAAGUCCCGGCCCGGUCGUCGUACGACCACGUACGGCCACCGUCGUAUCCGAAUCCGCUGAACGCGGCUGUGGCCGCAGCCGCUGCAGCGUACGCCGACCGCUACGAAUCCGAUCAGUCGUGCCAACGAUACCCGUCCGAGUACGGGGACUCCGCCGCCGCCGCCAUGUACCAACCACACCAGAUGAUCAUGAAACCUGAACAGCCCGUGCAGAUGGACGACACCAUCGAACCGCCACUCUAUCCAAGGCCACUAUACCAGUACGAAGGAGCUAAUCCACCUACGUCCACCGGCGGCGGCCCGGUCAUCCAAUCGGGUUUUCCCACAGCAGCAGCGAUCAAUCUGUCGGUGAAGUGCAUCGCUGCUGCGAGUACCGGGAUGAAGCCACUUCCGCUACCGUUGCCCUUACCGCUAACCCGGUCACCAGGCACAGUGUCGGUCAUGGACCUGUCCACGUCCAGCGUGACUUCAACCAGUCCACAGACUGUCACGUAUUCAAACAGCCUAAGUCCACACCAUUACGCGGGAACCACCGGACACCGUACCAGCCCGAACACGUCGACGUCCAGUCCGCAGGUCAACCAGGCCCCAAGCCCACAAGGUCAAACUUUGGACCUCAGUGUCAACAGGGCACCUGGCAGACUUGUGUUUCCUGGCGGAGCGCCUAACGGAUACAGCAGGGAGUCGACACCUGAGAGCGGAGGUUCCCAUUACAUGGACCACUAUAGGGACGUCAACGGUUACACCUCGUUGAGCCCACAUCCCGGGUAUCCGAUGCCAGAGUACGCAAACGGGUACUCGACGCCGUACAGCACGUCGGCAUACUCGUGCGGCUACUCGGCGAGCGCCUACCAGCAAGGCGCGCCGCCCAACGGGUUCUCGCAGAAUCCGUGUUACAGUAUGCCACCGCCGCAACAAGACAAACUCUCUGUCUCGUCCAAAGACGACAGUAUUUCUGUUUGCGCAAGAAGUGAUCGUUCUUCAUCGCAACCUGGAAUCUCUUCAACACAUUCACAAGAACUAAAAUGUCCAACACCGGGCUGCGAUGGGUCUGGUCAUGUAACAGGAAAUUAUUCUUCUCAUAGAUCCUUAUCUGGAUGUCCUCGAGCCAAUAAGCCGAAGAGUAAACCUCGAGACGGUCAAGAUUCUGAGCCACUAAGGUGCCCUAUACCUGGAUGUGAUGGAUCUGGACAUGCUACUGGCAAAUUUUUAUCACACAGAAGUGCAUCCGGUUGUCCAAUUGCCAAUCGUAAUAAAAUGCGUGUACUCGAAAGUGGGGGAACUGUUGAACAGCAUAAAGCCAAUAUUGCAAAACUGCAACAACAACAACACCAUCACCAGCAAUCCGACCAAACUGGCUGUGAACCGUCUCAUUUAAACCCAAGUCCAUUCCUUCACCGUGGUGCACCAACUCUCAGCGUUUGCCAUCCAUCUGCACCAAAUUUAGCAUCUGGAAAGAAACCAAUCCCGACAAAUGCUGCUGAUUCGUUGUAUCAUCACAUGUACGGCUCGAAACAACUUCAUAAUGAUUGUAAUAUGGGGAACGGUGGUGAAGAUCUAUUUACUUUGGAUGCUGAAAUAACGGAAUUGCAGCGAGAAAACGCACGCGUCGAAUCCCAAAUGUUGAGAUUGAAGACAGACAUCAAUGCUAUGGAGGCUCAUCUUCGACACGGGGAUAAGGAAACACAAAUCUUAUCUCAACGACAAAAUUCCCAUUUGAAUGGGUACUAUGAAAACCUAAGGAACAAUAUGAUGUCAUUUUUGGAACAAGUGAGAUGUCCUGAAGGUCAAUCUGGUUCCGAAAAGACCCAAGAACACUUUGACAGUUACCUGACCAAGUUACAGACAUUGUGCAAUAACCCACAUUCCGAAUACGUAGCCUAUAACAAUUUGACCUCGUCCACUGCAGACGACAACCGUCCUGUCUAUGAAACAGUUAAAUCAUCCAUACAUGACUACAAUGUGUUGCCGCCAACAGUCAUAUAG